AUGUGCCAUGCGCCACAAAAAUGGACCGAGUCUUUGCCGUGGGUAUUGUUAGGGAUACGAUCGUCGUUUAAAGAAGACUUGAACGCGUCGUCGGCUGAACUUCUUUACGGGGAGCCUCUUAGGUUACCCGGCGAAUUUUUUGAUCCUGUAAGUUGCGGUACAACUGAUGUCAGUGACUUCAUCGCUCGAUUGCGAGCUUUUGCGCAACAGUUACACCCGACACCAGCCUCGCGACAUGGUAGCAAAAGUGUUUUCGUUUAUAAGGACCUCGCCAAUACCGAUCACGUCUUCCUGCGUGAAAACGCGGUGCGGGCAUCAUUGCAACCUGCGUAUACCGGUCCUCACAAGGUCGUUUCUAGGAACGACAAAUCUUUUACUUUAUUAAUUAACGGGAAGGAAGUAACAGUCUCCAUUGACCGCCUCAAGCCAGCGUACAUUUUAUGCGACAGUAACAACAAUGCCGCAACUAGUGACGAUACUGUGGCUAAGGAUUAUACAACCCGUUCAGGACGCAAGGUGAAGUUCACCGAUUUUUAUCGCCCUUAA